AUGGCGUCCACAACUGCCCCAUCGUCAUUGGAAUCAUUCCUGAACACUCUUCCCCCAGAUCUCUUUGACCAAACCACGCUCAUCUCUCUCGCUUCCACGGUCGCCAUUCUCGUGGCAGCUUACUCUCUGUCCCGCCUGGCUCUCGAUCCCAAGACCACCACGUCUUGCUACCGGUUCCUCUUCAUCUGGCAUGCCUUCGACGCGCUAAUCCACUUUUGCCUCGAGGGCAGUUUUCUCUACCACUGCUUCUUCUCGUCCGCGCCCCUGGGCCAUUUGGACCCCAAGGAGGUGUUCGUUGAUCCCUACAACUACCUAGGAAGAAUUGAUAAGGUGCAUGGUGCGCAGGCUGUGGCUGGGAGGUUUGUUGAGGGGCUGGUGGGUGGUCCCGCGAAGGCGGGUGCGGUCGAUGGAUUGGAUGGCGGGUUUCUGGAGAAGAUUGUAAAGGGGACGGCGGAGCUGUGGAUGGUUUAUGCCAAGGCUGAUAAGAGAUGGGCGGGUGUUGAUUUGAGCGUCGUCAGUCUCGAACUCCUCACCGUCUUCGUCGUGGGCCCCAUGGCUUGCUGGGUCUGCUAUGAUAUUGCCAAGAAGAACUCCAGGGUCAACAUUAUCAUGAUCAUGAUUGCUACGGCUGAGAUCUACGGCGGCUGGAUGACCUUCUGCCCCGAGUGGCUUGUCGGCAGCGUCAACCUCGACACUAGCAACUGGAUGUACCUGUGGCUCUAUUUGACCUUCUUCAAUGGCCUCUGGGUGGUCAUCCCCGCCUAUGUCAUCUAUGUGGCGUCUGGGGAGAUUAUGGAUGCCUUCAAGGUCCGGGAUGCUGCGGCCAAGGUCAAGAAGUCUCUGUGA